AUGGAAGAUCAAAUGCACUCUCUUACCCAUCUGGCCAACUUUGAUCACAAUGAAGUGGCUGAUAAGUAUGAUGGGAUAAAUACAGCUCGAUUAUCCGAGACAGUAAAAGAAAAGAAGAUGGUGGAAAUGUCUUGCAAUCAACACCGAAAAGAAUCUAAACUGUUCUGUGUGGACGAGCAGAGAGCUGUGUGUACCGUGUGUGAGUUUCCUCACCAUCAGAGUCACAAAGUGGUUCCUGUAGAAGAAGCAGUCAGUGACCUGAAGGAGCAGCUGAAAUCUGACUUAAAGUCUCUGCAGGACAAGAGGAACAAAUACAAACAAGUGGAGGAAACAUACAAUGAAGUUGGGGAACACAUGAAGAAGCAGCUGUUGUCCACAGAGAGGCAAAUCAGAGCAGAGUUCAACAAGCUCCAGCAGUUCCUGAAAGAGGAAGAGGAGUCCAGACUGGCAGCUCUGAGGGAGGAAGAGGAGCAGAAGGGGAGGACUAUCAGCAGAGAGAUGAAGAUGAUUGAGGAGCAGAUCUCCUCUCUGUCAGACAGCAUCUGUGCUGUUGAAGAAGAGCUGCAGAAACACAUCGCGCCAUUCCUCAGCAGUUAUAAAGACACUCAGAGCAGAGCCAGAGCCCAGAGCUCAGUGUCAGAUCCACAGCUGGUCUCAGGAGCACUGAUAGAUGUGGCCAAACACCUGGGCAACCUGUCCUUCAGAGUGUGGGAGAAGAUGAAGGAGAAGGUCCACUUCAGUCCUGUCAUUCUGGACCCAAACACUGCACACUGCUGUCUCUAUCUGUCUGAUGAUCUGACCAGUGUGAGACAUGGAGACAAAAAGCAGCAGCUUCCUGAUAAUCCAGAGAGAAACACUUAUUACAUAACUGUUUUUGGUUAUGAGAGUUUCAGCUCAGGGAAACACAGCUGGGAGGUGGAGGUGGGAGACCAUCCUAGCUAUUUUGUAGGUUUAGCUAAAGAGUCACUUGACAGGAAGGGGAUAUCUUUUGGCUCACCAGACUGUGGAUUCUGGUGUUUAUUGUAUUGUAGUGGAAAAUACUUUAACCGUGACGGUCAGACUGUGACAGUGAAGAAGAGUCUCCAGAGGAUCAGAGUCCAGCUGGACUAUGACAGGGGGGAGGUGUCCUUCUAUGACCCUGAAGACAUGACUCUGAUCUGCACCCACAGAGACACUUUCACUGAGAAACUCUUCCCAUAUUUCAGUUUUGGAGGGGAUGGAAGUCGAAAAACAUCUGAUAUCAAAAUCUGUCAGACUGAGAUUUGAUUGAAAACUUGAAGGAGGUCUAAAAUUAUUAUACAUUAUAAUAUUUUAUAUUAAACAAAGUCAUGAAUGUAGUUUGUGGUUUUUGAGACUAUGCGAUAUUAUUUAUUAACAGUUGGUUUCAAAUAUCAUCUACUUAA